UACGCAGUCGUUGUCGGAGUGAUUGCCCUGGCGCAUAUCAUACUGGUGAUUGUGUACUUUAGUAAGAAAGAUCUGUUUUUGACUGCCGUCUACGAUUCAAUGGACGAUAUGACCAAGAACUAUAAAUCGAUUGAGAGCGGUGAAGUGGAGAGCGUCACCUUCGGUUUGCUCAUGUCCAUGCUUGAAUGUUGUGGCUUUAACGAUGCGAAUGACUUCACCGCUGCUGGAUCUCAGUUUACUCGAGAAGAUUCAUACAAUGGCGUGCAAUUUGCAAGUGAGUUAUUGUUUUCAAAAACGUUUCAAAUUCAAAACGUUUCUAGACAUAUUGUACUCAUAUUUUCUUCAAUUACAGACAUCCAGUAUCCCGUACCUUGUUGCAAAACAGGCUCUGUUGGACAGAAUGGAGAUGAUUGCCCACAAACGUUCACUGUCGCCAACAGUAACAUCCGAACUGGUUGUAAACAAAAGAUUUAUGAGCGUGCAGUACCACUACUCGAUUCCGUAAUGUUGGGAUCUCUGGUUGUCCUGGGUGUCGAG